GAGACAUUCGACCCCGCCAAUCCCGAGGCCUGGGAGUCCUACGCGGAGCGGGUCGAGUUCUACCUAAGGGCCAACAAGGUCACCGACGCAGGCUCAAAGAGGGACGUUCUCCUGAGCAUCUGCGGGCCAGCCACGUUCGAGAUUGCCAAGGGUCUCUCGGCUCCCGCCCGCCUCACGGAAAAGUCCUACGAGGAGAUCAUCAGGCUCCUCACCGGCCAUUUCUCGCCACAGCCUUCGCGGGUGGCCCGUCGGUUCCUGUUCCACAGAAGAGACCAGGCCGUGGGGGAAUCGGCCGCCGAUUACCUGGCGGCUCUCCGCAAGAUCGCCGGGAACUGCAGCUUCCCACAGCUGGAAGACACCCUGGCCGACCGAUUCACGUGGGGCCUCCGCGACGAGAGGCUCCAGCAGAAGCUCUUCGCCAAGGAAGAGCUCACCCUCCAGAGCGCCUUCAGCGAGGCGGGGUGCCUACUAUGGGGAAGUAGGGUGGUGAUUCCGCCCCCGCUGCAAAGGCGUGUUCUAGAAUACCUCCAUGAGACCCACCCCGGCAUAGUUCGUAUGAAGGCCCUGGCCAGAAGCUACGUCUGGUGGCCGGGAAUGGACGGGGAAAUAGAGAGUUGGGUCCGCAGGUGCCAGACGUGCCAGGAGUCGCGGCCCGAGCCUCCCAGCGCCCCCGCCACUAGGUGGGAGUCCACCAGGAAACCAUGGUCGAGACUCCACCUCGACUUCGCGGGGCCAUUCCAGGGGCAGAUCUUCAUGAUAAUUGUGGACGCCUACACCAAAUGGCUCGAGGUCAUCCCCGUAGGGUCCACCUCGUCCGCAGCCGCAAUCCGAGCAUUACGCAGGGUCUUAAGCACACACGGUAUCCCGGACACCAUAGUCUCGGACAAUGGGACCGCUUUCACGUCCGCAGACUUCCAGGCGUUCCUCCAACGAGCGGCAUUCCUAUUCGACAAUAGGAUCACCCCCAACCCGGUCACAGGGGUUAGCCCGGCCGAGCUCCUCAUGGGACGAAAGCUCAUAACCCGGCUGGACAGACUACACCCUUCCAGACAGCCGGGAGCCACCUCGAAGCCGCCCCAGCAAAAAAGCACCAUUUUUGCAGUGGUCUCUUUUUCAGCCGGGUGGAUCGUCUUUGAGGACGAGGAGAGCUGCAUUGCUCGGGUGCCGAGCCGAGGCCGUAGUGAGGGAGCGCUUGCGGGCCGUAGUCGUGGCGCGAGCAGGGCUAAGUUUUUUAAGCAAGCACGGGGCGAGCGGCAGCGCAACGCGAGGGCUCUUUGGAGUGGUACAACGGUUGGUGUGGACAUGCGGCAGGAGCGUGACCGGGAGGACGAGACUGAUACGGAGGUGGUAGGCAGCGAGGAGCACGGCACUUUUGGAACGGAGGGGGAAGCAGUGCAUCCAGCUCCGGCUGUGGCAGUGGCGGUCUGCCCUUUGGGGGUAACGGUACACCCAGAGGACUUUGAUUUACUGGGUUUUGCAUUUGAAAGGAAGUACUACAUCGAUAGGGCCCUGCCCAUGGGCUGUUCAGUGUCCUGUGCUGCUUUUGAAAGGUUUAGUUCCUUUAUGGAAUGGGCAUUGCGGGCAAGGUUGGGAUCGAACAACACUGUUCAUUACCUUGAUGACUACCUUUUUGUGGGCCCCGCCGUGUCUGGACAAUGUGCCAGAUUAUUGCGUUCAUUCGAGGACCUUGCCCGGGAGCUUGGGGUGCCAUUGGCACACGAGAAGACAGAGGGCCCCAGUUCAGUCCUUACUUUUUAA